GAAGGCAAAAGCAGCCAACGCGUCUACCGAAUCCAUCCAUUCCUCUCCCUCCUCUUCCGCGUUUCCACCCGCUUAUAAGAGCCCUGCGCGCAGACCCGCCGGAAAUUCCACGUCCAAACCACGAGCAGCAAUCAGCGCCCAACUAACCUCCUCCCCCGCCCCCCUUUCCUCUCCAAUCCUCCUGCCGAGAGAUGGCCACCGAGGUUUGUCGCCCGCACAACAUCCUCCUGCCGGCGCCGCACCGGAUCCGGCCAGCGGCGUCGUCACACCGGAGACCGAGCAGCAACAACCCCGCGGGGGGCGCCACCAGGAGGUCCCCGCCGGCCUGCCGGAGACACCACGGCAGGAAGGCAGCGUCGAGGCCCGCGGCGGAGGUGUACGCCGGGCCGGCGUUCUCGACGUCCCCCGAGCCGAGCGCCCUUCCGCUGCCGCAGUUCCCCGUCAAGAAGGCCGCGGCGGCCGUCGCCGCCGUCGACGACGCCGCGACGCGCGACCUCAGGCGCAUCCUGCGGCUGGAGUAGCUCGCUUGCUUGUCGUCUGCUAGCUGGUUCGAUUGGUGGCUUCGGUUUCUCUUUCAUUUUUUCUUCUGUUAGUUAGUUCCUAGUCGACGCGUGAUCGAUCGAGCUGUAUGUUAGUUCUAGCUACUCUCGUGGUUGAGUGCUCCGCGCCGCCGCCGCGGCGAGACCUGCCUCCGGCUCAGUUUUAUUGUGUGGCCGGCGGCGAGGCACGCGGCGUGCCGCGGGCUCCCACCGCGACGGCGGUGUAGAAUGACCACAGCAGUAUAUAUACUAUGUGGCCGUGACGUAGAAAUUACUACAUGUAUAAGGUAAUCAAGCAAGGGGUUCCUCGGUAUACAACACGAGAACUCCGCGUCAGAAUUAUGCAAUCCUCUCUGUCUCUAGUUUGUAAACAGCUGGCUAGGUAGGCAAGCUAUUUUCUGAGUCUGUUCAUCGAUGUACUCAAGUCUAUACGUUUCAAUCAUGUUGAUUUGAAUAAGUAAAGCCAAAAUUGUGUUGAUUUCAAUCA